GCCCGGCUGACAGCGAGCUGGCGGCAGGCAGGGGGCGUGCGGAGGCGGAUUUCCUCCGCGCGGCCGGCGACACCUCCCCGGGGCCCCUUUCCCCGCGCGGCCGCGGGCAGCUGCAGGCGGCGGAGGCAGGUCGGAGUCCGGCCCCAUGGAGGGCGCGGGCCGGAGGAGCCGGCCCGAGGAGGCGGAUUUCCCCGAGGAGGAGGAGGAAGAGGUGGACCCCAGGAUCCAGGGGGAACUGGAAAAGUUAAAUCAAUCCACAGAUGACAUCAAUCGAAGAGAAACUGAACUUGAGGAUGCACGCCAAAAAUUCCGCUCUGUGCUGGUGGAAGCUACGGUGAAACUAGAUGAACUAGUAAAGAAGAUUGGAAAAGCUGUGGAAGACUCUAAACCUUACUGGGAGGCCCGGAGGGUAGCCAGACAGGCACAACUGGAAGCUCAGAAAGCGACUCAGGAUUUCCAGAGAGCUACUGAGGUGCUGCGUGCUGCCAAGGAGACCAUUUCACUCGCUGAACAGAGGCUGCUGGAGGAUGACAAGCGUCAGUUUGACUCUGCCUGGCAAGAGAUGCUCAAUCAUGCCACCCAAAGGGUCAUGGAGGCAGAGCAGACGAAAACAAGAAGUGAGCUGGUGCACAAGGAAACGGCAGCCAAAUACAAUGCUGCCAUGGGCCGGAUGAAACAGCUAGAGAAGAAACUGAAAAGGGCCAUCAAUAAAUCCAAGCCUUAUUUUGAACUGAAGGCAAAGUACUAUGUACAGCUAGAGCAAUUCAAGAAGACUGUGGAUGACCUGCAGGCAAAGCUGGCCCUAGCCAAGGGAGAGUACAAAACAGCCUUGAAAAACCUGGAGAUGAUCUCAGACGAGAUCCACGAGAGAAGACGGUCUUCUGCCAUGGGACCCCGGGAGUGUGGUGUGGGUGCGGAAGGAAGUGACACCUCGUUGGAAGAUCUUUCUGCAUGUAAACUGGAGUCAGACUCCAUCUCCAUGGCUUCUGAAGUGUUUGAGGAUGACAACUGCAGCAGCUUUGUGUCUGAAGAAGAUUCUGAGACCCAGUCAGUGUCCAGUUUCAGUUCUGGUCCUACAAGUCCCUAUGAGAUGCCCACUCAGUUUCCUCCAGCAACGCGACCUGGAAGCCUGGAUUUGCCCAGUCCUGUCUCCCUGUCUGAAUUUGGGAUGGUGUUUCCUGUACUAGGCCCUCGAAGUGAAUGCAGUGGGGCAUCAUCACCUGAAUGUGAAGUUGAAAGAGGGGAUAGGGCAGAAGGGGCUGAGAACAAGAUGAGCAACAAAGUGAACAAGAAUAGGAGCAGCAGUGGCAACUCCACUGAGGGUCUGGCUUUGGAUAACCGAAUGAAGCAGCUUUCGCUCCAGUGCAUGAAAGUCAAAGAGGGGAUCGUUGCAGACAGAAAAGCUGUACAAAUUGGCUGAGUCCUCCAGCUGCUCUGGUUAAUGGAGUAUAAAUAUACAAGAACUUCAAAAUGUCUGAAGAACAUUGUGCCAAUAACUAUUUAAUAUAUGCCAAAUCUUAAGCGUUUACUCUACAAAUUUAAAACUGCACUAAAGAAGUUUAAUUGAUGUUGAGGGCUGAAGUUUUUUUCAGUAAAAUCUUUUUAGGACAGACAAGUUGUCAAAUGUAUAAGUUGUGCUUGCUGUAUUUCACAGCCUUUGUAAACUGUUUUCUAGCAGCCUGGCUGAAGCAAUAACUAGCAUUGUUCCUGUAUAAACACAUGCCAGUAGGGGUGUGAAAUCCAAGCCAAAACACUUGUGGUGAGCAGUUUGGCUUCAGUUUUGUAGAAUGAGAUGCACUUUAGAUACAGUGGAUCUCUGAAGUGUAAUUGGCAUAUCCUUUAAACAACUGUAUUUGUCUGUAUUAUUCUGAAACUGUAGAAGUAUUUUGUAUACAAGGAAGCUGUUGCAUGUGUGGGUCUAGAAGUCUUUUGUCUGCCUCCAGUGCUCAUGAAGAAGCUAGUCAUGACCUAAAGUAUUGGCCUGAGAGGGUGGCAUUAUUACUCAAUAGUUGCGUGCUCCUUCUAACCCCCUACUUUUCGGGUGGGGAGGGGGUGACUGAGGGUGAAUUCAGUGCCAAAAUGACAGAUUUAACUUGUUUCUAAGAAUUUGAGUAUCAUUUUUCAGCACCUGAAGUGUUACUGUAAAAUGAGAUGAAUUGAUGUGUGCCAGAGAGAAGUCGUAAUAGAUCUUGACCUACCGAAUAUUAGAAUACUUGUCCUUAAGAUACGCAUGAAGAAAAGGAGUUGCUAAUGUGGAUUGAUGAUUUGUUAAUUUCUCUGUAGGUUGUAAUGUGGGGUUUUAGAGUUGUUUUAAGGGACUUGCAAUUUUAGUAUCCCCUAGAGAAACUGUUCACUAAAAAUAGAAAGGAAAUGGGGGCAUGUUUUGGCAGCAGCUGUUAGGCAGUAGUGGUGUCUAGUAGUUAUGCUAAUAAGUGGUAGCAAAAAUCCUAGGACUUCAGUUUUGGUGGCUGAACAUUUCUGAAAGCACCAUACUAUAUCUAAAGUAUUCAGUUUUUUGUUGUUAAUUGGAUGGGAAUUUAGCAUCACCCAAAAUAUUUUCUAUUCCUUGUUUUGUAGUCCUGGUGUAUUUUGUCCCAGCCCCUUGGCUUGUGUAUCUAUUCUCAAAGUAAAUGUAAAAUUCUUCACACUACAGUAAACAUUUUGGUUUUCCACA